UUACUUUUCGUACCUUCAUGUCACAAUCAUGCCUUCAAUAAAUUGAAAUAAACCACGAAGAAGGUCUACAAGUAAAACCCUCCCAUAAAACAGAAUGAUGUACAGAAAAGGACAACAAGAAGCAAAAUCCAAGAGCAGCAGCUCACACUUUGACAAAUGCAUCGACAAGAACAGCUCACCCUAUGCACAACGAGAGAGGAACCUAAGUCCUUCUCUUAAGGACCAUAAGAAAGCCAAUACUGUCCAUGCCUGCAAAACAUGUUUGUGGUUUUUAGCCUUCCUCCACCAGCUCCUCCGGGACAUUGAAGAAAGCUAUAAUCAGCUUAAACAGCACCUAAAUUGUUCAUACGUCUACAUCUUCCCUAACUAAGGUGCCCUUCCAGAGUUCCAAGUAUGUUUGCCAAAGAUUAUACACAGGACAUGUUCGUUGUUAACUUGAGAAGGUACAAUUUUUGGUAAUUAAGUAUUGGAAGGAAAAUUUUCCUUUGCUUCAUCAAGAAACACUUGCAAAACAUUGGGUCCAUCUUCUGUAAAUCAUAGUAAAGCUCUAGCCCAAUGGACAACCCUGAGUAUUGCGAAAUCAACUCAAAUAUGACUCUCGAAUAUAUAAACAAAAUAUUAAUGGAGGAGGAUAUUGAUGAGACAGCCAGCAUAUACCAAGAACCUGAUGCGCUUCAGGCCACGGAGAAGCCCUUCUAUGACAUUCUUGGACAGACAUAUCCAUCUUCAGCAAAGGAGACUGAUGAAUGGCGAUAGUCAAGUAGAUUGUCCCAAUGAUAGUAUCAACAAUUAUCGUGAAGGGGCAUGCAGUGGUAGCUUCAUCAAUCAUUUUCUAGGGUCAUGGGGUAUGCAUCUGACAGCGAAUGAUCGUACUUCUCAAACUGACCACUUGUCUUUGCAAUUUACAAAAGGUGAUGAACAAGCAAAUAAGUUUGUCGCCAUUAUUGAGAAGUUGGCAGUUGAUCUGGAUAGCAGUGAGCUCGCUGUCUCCAAACAAAUGACAGAUGCAAUAGUUACACAAAAGGGCAAGCAUGUAAACAAAAUAAGGAGUCAUCCACAUAUGAAUUUGGAGCUGUUGGACGCGAGGAACAGUAAGCAUUUGGCAAUUUCAGGUAGUGAAAAAAAAUCAGGGAUGAAACUUUUGACAGUGUUCUGCUCUGCAAGGGGUAAAUCUAUUGUGAUGUAGCCCACCUUAGAGAAAUGAAGGUAAAAGAAGCACAUGACAGUUCACAGAAUGCUCAAGGCAAAGAAUAUGGCCAACGGCAAGUGAAGUCACGAGCUAAGAAGCAACAAGUGGAGGCGAUUGAUCUCAGAGCUCUUCUCAUCCAAUGUGCAGAAGCGAUAGCAUCUAACAAGCAACCAUUCGACAGAGAGCUACUGACGAAGAUAAGGAAUCACUCUUCACCAUAUGGAGAUGGUUCUCAGAGGCUGGCAAAUUAUUUUGUGGAUGCUCUUGAGGCACGCAUAGCUGGAACCGGAAGUCAAAUAUAUCAGAAGUUGAUGGCAAAACGAACAAACACCUCAGAUAUGCUCAAGGCCUACCGCCUUUUCAUUGCAGCAUGCCCUUUCACUAAUGUAGCAUACUACUACUCCAAUCAAACCAUUGUUGAUGAAUUGGUGGGGCAACCAACGGUGCAUAUCAUCGACUUUGGCAUCACAUUCGGCUUUCAGUGGCCAUCACUAAUCCAGCGCUUUGCAAAUCGAGAAGGUGGCCCCCCAAACCUUCGUAUCACAAGUAUAGAUGUACCUGAGCCAGGUUUUCGCCCUUGUAAAAAGAUUGAGGAGACAGGAAAGCGGUUGGCUGAGUACGCAGAAAUAUUCAAUGUACCCUUUCAGUAUCAAGGUGUUGCCUCACGAUGGGAAAACAUCUGCAUCAAGGACCUCAACAUUGACAAGGAUGAGGUGCUCAUAAUCAACUGCUUGCACAAAAUGAAAAAUCUCAGUGAUGAGACAGAAGACAUAGAUAGCGCAAGGGAUAGGGUACUGCGUACCAUAAAAAGGAUGAACCCAGAUAUUCUUAUAAUUGGUGUCGCGAAUGGGCUGUACAAUUCCCCAUUCUUUCUACCAAGAUUCAGAGAGGUUUUGUUUUAUUACUCUUCACUGUUUGACAUGAUAAAUUCAACUGUUGCACGGAGUCAUGAGGCAAGGAUACUGAUAGAGAGGGAUCUCUUUGGAGCAGAUGUGUUCAACGUUGUAGCAUGUGAAGGUGCAGAGAGGAUCGUGAAGCCGGAGAGUUACAAACAGUGGCAAGUGAGAAUCCUCAAUGCUGGGUUCAAGCAACUUCCUGUUAAUCAAACCAUUCUGAAGGGUUUAAUAGAGAGAAAGAAGGAGCUUUAUCAUGAAGACUUUGUCGUCGAUGAAGAUGGUGGCUGGUUGUUGCAGGGAUGGAAAGGAAGGAUAAUGCAUGCACUGUCUUCAUGGAAACCUAAAGAAUCAUAUAAUAACCAGUAGGAUCGAAGUUGAUCUUUGUUUGCAAGUCAAUUACACUAUAGUGCUGCGAGGAACUUAAGGUAAUUUCAAAGCUCCGACCUAGCUACGCAAUCUUCACCAGAAAAGGCUCAAAGUACCUCAAAAUGCUUCUUCCGUUGGACGAGUCGAUAUUGAAAUGAUGAAAUAAGAUGCUCCUUUCGAUUAAGUAGUGGCAAGUUAAAUGCCUCAAGGUCAAGGAUUUGAGCAGCUUCCUGUAAAUCCAGUCAUCUUCAUUUUAAUAUGAGAUGUGAAGAAAGGGGUUUCUUAUUAAGUUUUUUCUGCUGAUGAAGAGUGAAGACAGCAGUUGGCUGCUACGAGGAUGAAAAGGGAGUGUAAUUUAUAUAUCCAAAUGGAAGCCUAAUGAAUCAUACGCUUAUUAAUAGGAUUCAGACAGUUCUUCGUAUAUGCAUGCUUGAAGGUGCUUAUGGUUUGCACAUAAUGAAUCUGGAAGUUGCUUCUUUUGCCGAGUGAACAUUGGAGGUUAUCUCAGAAGGGAUGACACGGGGAUACUACUGUUGGCACUCUCAUCUUUUAAAACUUGUGUCUCUGAUACAAACAAAUCUGGAAAAGAGUAGCUCCAAAUACUUCUUCCCCCCUACCAUUUUGAUGUUCUUAGCAAACUGUUCCAGAAAUCUGGUCUGAGUUAAUCUGCCAAUUUUUCAGUGAAUAGGCUCUCAGUUACUGUUAGGUCCUACUGGAUAUGAAAUUGGCGGACAUGAUAUUUAUUAAAGCAAAAAUUUCUAAAAAGGUAGUUAUUGCAUUGGCUA